GUGGGAGUGAAGGAAACACAGUUAGGAAGGUCUUCCUCAUUUUAGCAGAGGAAGUCUGUGGCUGUGUGUGUUUAGUUCAGAUAAGCUUGCAGUGUGUUGCAGGCCACUCAGAACGUAACACAGCUGGCAUCGGGUCUGGACCAGGCCAGUAUUUCUUUACUUUGAAUCAUCUGCUUCAACUUUAUUACGAGCAGCCAACCAGAAAUGAAGCUCUGUCUUCUGGGAGGAAAAACAGAUAUGUAACUGCUUACUCUGAGAGCAUCUAAAGGGCUGGGAGCUCUAAACGGCCGUCAUGGGGAAUGCAAUAAAAAGACAGGAAAAGAAAUAUGCAGGGACUAGCACCUUGGACACAAUGUUUAAUGACUGUGACAACCUCGUGGUGAUCUCUGACUAUCCCUGUCGGAACAUCAGUGAGCCCAUCUAUAAAAUUGGGGAACGACUCAAGGGUAUUUCUCAAGAGGGUUGCUGGUGGAAAGUUCGCUCUUCGCAAACAGGAACUGAGAACUACAUUCCAAAUAAUCAUGUGGCUAAAGUUUAUCAUGGAUGGCUGUUUGAGGGGGUUGGGAGACAGAAGGCAGAAGAGCUUCUGUCAUUACCUGGUAAUGGUGUUGGAUCUUUUCUUAUGAGAGAAAGUCCAAGAGAGAAAGGUGUGUACUCUCUGUCAGUGCGACACAGGACCGUCAAGCACUAUAAAAUAUUUCGUCUGACUAACAGCUGGUUUUAUAUCUCACCACGUCUUACAUUCCAGUGUCUAGAGGACAUGGUCAAUCACUACUCUGACUCUUCCGACGGUAUAUGUUGUGUUCUCAGCGCUCCAUGUUUGGCUUUAUCGGUCUCUGCCCCGAGCACAACCCAAGACCUGCCCAUAGUGAUGCGCCGUAACUUGGAUUGGAAGAAAGUAAACAGGUCACAGUUAAUUAACCCAAAUGAAGUGGAUUUGGUGGACAACAAAGAUAACACGAUGAGCUAUGGGGUGAGGAGCAGCAUAGCUGCUUAUAUGUCUUUAACAUCGAUACCUCAGCCCGAGAACUCCAAAGACCGCAAGAAGAAGAGCAAGUCUAUCUACGUGAUACCCUACCAUGAUAAUGUGGAUAUAGAUGAUGACAAUUAGCAGAUGACUAUAGACUUUGAACACCUGCACAUUUGUUUGGAGUCAUAAUACUUUCCUUUCCUGUGGCUCAGUGGUUAGAGCAUGGCACUAGCAAUGCCAAGGUCAUGGGUUCCAUCCCAGGGGAUUGCACAUAGUCAGAAACAAAAAAAAUGAUAAUAUAAUGCAAUGUAAGUCACUUUGGAUAAAAGCGUCUGCCAAAUGCAUAAAUGUAAAUGUAAUACUUUUGCACUGCAUUGUGUUUCUCAUGAAUCUCAUGUCUGCAGUGCUUCCAGAUGUUACUUUGGAUCUGUUUUAUUAUUUUUCUCAACAGUCAUUCUGAUUAAAUUCUCAUUACUGUACUACAGUAAUGUAAUAAAAUUUUAAAUAUAAGUUAGAGUAACUUGAAAAUACUGUCAAAGUAUUUCAUAAAUGUUAUUAAAUAGGCUUAUUUGUCCGUAGGCACAAAGUUUGAUUUGAUUUUAGGGUCGCACAUUCUUUAUAAUUUGUCUGUCAAGCACACAUUUCUUCCAUAUAUAUGAAUAUGAAUAUGAAAUUUAAACUAUAUAGUUGGGUUAUGCAGCAGAAGAAUGUAAUACAAUCAAGCAUACAGAACUUUAUUCUUUUAUAGCUUUAUUGGUUUCUGUGGAUGUGUGUGUGUGAAUGUGUCAGCAUGUGAUAAUUUAAUGCACAUAUGUCUUUAUCAAAAGCCACUGCUUAUUUCAAACUUGUCAGUGACACAUUUCAUGAAAGGAAUUUAUUAUUCAAUAAAUAUUUCCUUUUGCACUUUAUUUAAAUGA